AGUAGUGUUGGAACCAGGGAGUGCCCCACAGGGCUCAGUGGUUAUUUGACGUUACUGGAAGUUGGCUCCACCAUGGAAAUGCUGAAGUUAUUUUUUUUUAUAAUAGCAGUUUCCUGCUAUGGCUGCGACGCACACGUACUGCCAGUUGAUGGCAGCCGAACGAAUGGCCAUAAUCACGUGCGCUCCAACUCAGAUGAUAGAGGAGCUUUAUCCGACCUGGGAACGAUAGACAUGGUAGCUGGUAUGAUGAAGAGUUUGCAAGACUUACCGAAUAUGUCCUUUCAAGGGCAGAUGACGUUACCCCCUUUUAGACAGUUGAUUUUUCCUCAGAUGCAAUUUCCCCCUAUGAGACCGUUGUAUUUUCCUCCGAUGAAUUUUCCUCCUUUUCCGCCGAUGAAAUUUGCCCCCUUUCCUCCGAUGAAAUUUCCCCCCUUUCCUCCGAUGAAUUUUCCGCCAUUUCCUCCGAUGUAUUUUCCCCCUAUUAAACCGUUAGUUUUCAAACCAUUUCCCCCUCUACUUCCAAUGAUGCCAAUACUGCCAAUGCCGUUCCCACCACUCCCGUCACUGAAUGGAAUGAGAUCCAUCGAUUCUGGUGACAUAGCAAGCGUGCUCUCAAGACCAGGCGGGUUUAUAAGUGGAGUGGCUUCAUCCCUGUUUACAACAUUCGACAAUGCCGGCGGACGUCCUCACACUGAAGGGUUCUUCCUCCAAAACAUCAAUGGACGGAUAAAAUCCGUAUCUUGGGAGGAUCCUCCGGAUGAUAAUGACCAGAACAAGUCGUCAGAUGAUAAACCUUAAGAAACUACAAUGAGUUUCUUUCAGUCAGUUCAGUCAAAACUGACUCAAAAUGACAGUGAUCUCUCCAGUACUAUCUUUGCUUUUUCUAAUUUACACCACCCCAAGCCUGGUUGUCCGACCAGUUGGAAGAGCUCUUCAGAAACCAGUUCUUCUGAAACAAAUAUACGAACGAUGAAAUAACUGUUUAGACUUUUUUAAGAAUUGUGCAUGUCACUUUUUAUUUUCGAGUACAGCUCAAAUUUCAAAUAGCUCUUAGUUUAUGCGUUACAAAAAAGUUUUUGUAUUCUUCUUCUUCUUCUUGCAUGGGUUGGAAAGUCGAUGACUGACCCCACUAAACUCAGUAGUUAUUAUUGAGUCUCCGGGAACCAUAAAAUAGCUGUUCUUGUAAUGUAUUUUGUAUAAUUAGUAACUCUUUCUGAUCUUUCCUAUAUUGGAAUCUUUAUUAUUAUUUGAAGUCAAUCUUUGUCUAUUUCCCUUAUCUUAUUAGGUCUUUUUCUCUUCUUGUGUCUGCUUACUAUUUUAAUUCCUUGGGCAUGCAUGCGCUUUCCUAAAAAGUUACCUUUUGGCAUUUUGUCUAGUAUUAAACUAUUACUACUAAUAUUCAUUUACUAACAGUCAAUAAUUCUUUUUUUAGCAUGAAUUUAAUUGGAGAUCAUGACUCGGUUCUCCAGAUUGUCUUUAUAAACGUUUUCAUUUAGGUUUCAUCGAGUCGUAGUCAUACUCAUGUUAGAUUAUAUUUUCUCUUCAUAUUAUAAUUACUUAGUCUUUAAUGUUCAUCAAUCAUCUUCUUGUAACUAUAAAUGUUUGGGGUCUGCACAUUAUCUCAUUUCGAUUCAUUCCUACACACAAAUCACUUACAAACCACCAAACUCCUUCUGUUUAUUCUUUUCUUUUGUAAAAUAUUUUUCACAAACCUUGUUAAAUAUAUUAUAUUCACGUAUGACAUGACUUUCUUAUUUUCUAUGAUGUUCGUAUGACAAAAUCUUGUUAUUGUAAAUGUUCUUAUGUAAGUUUAGUUCCGAUUAUCCACGCCUAUUGUACUUACUUUUUUUUGCGAACGCGAUCAUACCCAAAAAACGUGUUUGUUCGAACAAAACAAAACUCUCAAAUAAAAUCAGUGGUCGUGUCUCCUAUUAGUCUGUUAUCUCUAUUCAUAUUGUAAUGGCUCUGAUUUACAUACAUUCAUCAUCUCGGUGACUAAUUAUGUCGACAAAAGUAUGUUAUUUUGAACUUGAAAGAAUAUUUUGCAGUGGGCAAAUUUGGAAACCGUCAAUGUAGCCGGAUGAAUAUGCUUUAUAAUUUUAAACGGUUGCGCCAUCAAGGCCCAAUAAAACAGAGAAAAAGCAAAGAAAUUGCAUUAUUUCCUACUCAAAAUGUCUAAUU